AUAGAUGAGAAAUGGCAAACCUGGUAUUCAAAUUUAUAAUCUUAUCAAUGAUUCGUUUAUAUUUUCAUACUCAUCCUCUAAUUUGAUAAAUGGACUGAUACUGGCACACUAAAGAUGAUAAUGAUCAGUUUUACACAAACAGUAUAAUUAGUAGGAUUAUACACGUACGAUGAGUCCUGCUUCUGUGAUAUUUCUGGUACUAGUAGGAGUCCACUGGUCAUUAUGCUUCACGAUAUCAUCAGAAAGCGAUCCCUCGCUACCUACUCAAAUCAUUUUGGAUGGUGAAAUAGUUCGCAAGACGUCUUAUAACGAAAUCAUCUACAUACGAUGUCCAAGCGGCACCAUUUUAGAUAAAACAACAUCGACUUGCAAAUUUCUAGAAGCCGACGUGAACACUUUGAAUACAAACCAGGAGAAAAGGAAGAAACAAGAAACCUGCGUUCCUGGGAAGACAAAGAAACCGAUACUUCCUGCAUUUGAGGACUGCAGACAUUAUGUCUCAUGUGGUCCAUCUGGCGGAUAUACAAUGGAAUGUCCUGGCAUAACCUUGUUCAACGACCGAAUCAAUGCCUGUGACUACAUCCAGUUUUCACAUUGUUGCGAGUAUCCUGAAAAAAAUUCCAGCAGAUUGUUACAAUAAUGAAAAAGCUCUGUUGUAAUACGCCCAUAAGUUAUAUAAUAGACAAACCAAAUAACAAACGGUGAUGCUGUAUACUUAGAUCAUGUUAUAAAAUAAAUAUAAAAUGUAGAUAUAUCUUAAAA